GUCGAAGUGAGCCGAGAACAAGAAACGAGUUUUCAUCUGAAGACAGAAUAGUGUGGGCAGAGCUCCUCACCUCCCCGACUCAGCGAGCUCGAAUCAGCAGUAUUUCAGCAAGCAACACCCCAGGCAGCAAUGCAGCCGUUUCGAUGAGGUACUACUACGAAGAAAACGAGGCGCAGUUCGUUGGCCUUGCUGGUGACUACGCCAACAGAACCCUCUUCUGGUCAUCGACACUCAAUAGAACAAUAUACAAAGGUGGUCUGGAUGACGACUCGGAGGCAUCCGCUCUGUUCGUAGGAACAUCGACAUCGGUCGAAGGACUUGCCGUUGAUUGGAUGGCCAAGAAUCUGUACUGGGCGGACAGUGCUUACGAUUGGAUCAUGGUUUCGGACUACAAUGCAACCUAUUUUACCAUCCUAAUUGAUACUGGGUUAGAAAAACCACGAGGAAUUGCGACUUUCCCCCAAAGAGGAUAUCUAUUUUGGUCAGAUUGGGGAGAGGAAAAGCGAAUUGAGAGGUCAACACUUGCAGGAGAAGGAAGAAUUACUCUUGUUAACAGCAGUAUUCACUAUCCAAAUGGGAUUACCAUUGACACCGAAUCAGAAAGAGUUUUCUGGGUAGAUGCCAUGCCUGAAGGGAGUCGGAUAGAGUGGUGCAAUAUUGACGGGUCAAACCGAACUCUUCUGGUUCAAAUGCAGCGGCAGGUGACGCAUCUUUUCGAUCUUGUCAUCAACGGGAAUGAUAUCUUUAUGACUUCUCUUACGAGGCAUAUGUUGCGUGUGAAUAAGAAUACUGGUGGUGUUUCUGAAACCCUUUCAUUGGGUGCAAGGCCGUUUGGAAUUACGCUUUAUGGUCCUCUAUAUCAACCUGAUGUCAUUUCACCUUGUGCAAGCAAUCCAUGUCAGCAUCUUUGUACAAGCUCACCAGACUCCUCCUUCACAUGUGUCUGUAGCCAUGGUUACGAGCUGACGAAGAAUGGAACAUCUUGUGUCAGAGAUGGUGAAAAAAUAGGCAAACCCCAGCUCCUGUUUGUAACCCGCAAUGAAAUCACCCGCUUCCCGUCAAACUUUGCCGACAUCUCGGAAUCCCAGACCGUGAAGAACAAGUAUCUCGUCGCGAAUCGCACCCUCCUGGUAGCCAUUGAGAUGGACGCCAGGGCGGAAAUGAUGUUCUAUUCCGACUAUGGAAAGCGGGAGAUUUAUCGGGUCCGCCUUUACAGCGGUCGUUCCAUCAAGACCAUCGUUGGCGGAGUAGGAAGUGCAGAAGGGCUAGCUGUAGAUUGGUUGAACCAGAAUCUAUAUUGGACAGAUGCGGUCAGGCGUCACAUAGCGGUGUCACGAUACGAUGGUAGCAGAAGGAAAUAUCUCAUAGUAGAUGAUGUCAUACGUCCAAGAAGUAUUGUUAUCCACGCAAAUUUGAAAUUGAUGUUUUGGACAGAGUUUGGACCUCCAUCACAACUUGAGAGAGCUAAUCUCGAUGGAACAGGACAUAUGCUGAUCAAGACCGGUCUCAACUCACCCAACGGACUUGCUAUAGAUUUCAUCAAUGACAGGUUAUUUUACGCCACGAGGGGUGAUGGCGUCAUCAAUUCUGUCGAUUUUGAUGGCUUGGAAUCUCAGAGAAUAUACCAGAAGUCUGGGGCAAAGUACUUCGACAUUGAGUUGUUCCGUGGAUAUCUCUAUUUUACCGAAUGGGGUACUGAUAGUGGAUUGCAUGCCGUCAGUCUUACCAAGCAAGAACUAGUGAAGAGCAUGCAUGUAUCUAAGGUAGCUUAUGGUGUCCGCAUGUACGACGAUACCAGACAACCUGAUGGAAUAAGUGCUUGCGACGAGGAAUCAUGUGACCAACUGUGCUUACCAAGAUCAACAGAGGGCUUUGUGUGUCAUUGCAGCAUUGGCUUUACCUUGGCAGAUGACAAUGUUACUUGCACUGUUGAUAUCAUGGAAGACAGCUUUGUCCUUAUAGCCGACACCCACAUCCCAGGCAUCUUUCAGAUCAGCAUGGAUGCCCCCAUGACACGAUUCGCUGCUAUCCCCCUGGAGGAUAUGGUACGAACUAUCGCACUGGCCUAUGACCCCAUUGACAGCAUGGUGUAUUGGACGGAUGUAAGGCUUGGAUCGUUCAGCAGGGCUCAUCUCAAUGGCACGGGCCAGGAGACUCUUGGAAGAUCUGGCGUUGAUGGUCCUGAUGGUCUGACUAUAGACCCAAUAUCCCGUUUGCUGUAUUGGACCGACGUGGCCCGGAACACCAUCACAGUCUCCAGUCUAGAUGGGACUACCAUCAAGACCUUGAUAGAUACAGACCUGGACCAGCCUAGAGCCAUAGUUCUAGACCCAGUAGGCGGUUACAUGUAUUACAGUGACUGGGGGUCAGUACCAAAGAUAGAAAAGGCUCAUAUGGAUGGUACUAAUAGACAGAUCAUUGUGGACUCGGAAAUUGCUUGGCCAAAUGGUAUUGCUUUAGACGUUGAUGCCGGUAAACUCUACUGGGGUGAUGCCAAGAUAGAUCGCAUCGAGCGGGUGAACCUUGACGGGACCGGCCGUGAGAUGAUCGUCAAUCUGGCGCCGAGGGGACACCCGUACGGGGUCGCCAUCUACGGAGAUCACGUUUAUUGGAGCGACUGGAAGAAAUAUGGUUUAAUGAGGGCCAAUAAGAACAAUGGAUCUGGGAUGGAGGAAGCCGGACCGCAGACGUUUACACGGGUCAGCGAGAUUCAUAUUUAUAACUCUACUAGAGAAUCAGGAAGCAAUGACUGUUCUGUAGAAAAUGGAGGAUGCAGUCAUCUUUGUAUUCCUACCCCUACUGGUAGAGUGUGCAAGUGUUCUGAUGGCAUUGAAUUGGACACUGAAACAAAUACAACAUGCCUCACAUCAAAUCUGACAUGCAGUGCAAACGUAUCAUUUGGUAGUUUCCUAAUGGAGGAUUGCACCUUUGAGCCCGGAAGACGAUGUACUGUAGAGUGCAUCCCGGGCUACUGGUCUGAAACGGAGAAAUAUGAUGUCCUCUGUUUGCCUAAUGGGGAAUGGGAUAUGGAUAUGAGCACAUUCUGUACAGUGGUUGAAUGCCCAGUGGUUAAUGUCACAGCCAAUGCUUCAGUGGUUGCUUGUGCUGAUCCCCCAAUCCAGAAUUCCACAUGUGUUCAUGAAUGUCAGCUUGGAUACAAGUGGAGCAGUGGAAAUGCUCACCUGACUUGUGAGAAGGAUGGCACAUGGUCUGGCGCAACACUUUAUUGUACAGCAAUAACUUGCCCACCGUUUGAUAACCUUGACAAUGGAAUGUACCGACCAACCAACUGUUCCACUGUUGGAGGACUAUUUGAUGAUGAGUGUCUGUUGUUUUGUCAACAUGGCUAUCAACACUUUGGCGCAUAUCGGCGUACAUGUGGGCUGGAUGGGAGAUGGUCCGAUGAAGAAAUCGAGUCGACCUGCAUUGAUAUAACCCCACCUAAUUUUGGCGAUACCUGCCCGGAGAGUCGCAACAUGACGGCAGAACGCGGCAUGAGCUACAUACUCCUCAACAUCUCCGACCCUGUAGCGACCGACAAUUCCGAGGGUAAUGUGACGUACCGUCGAUCGGCUACGUCUCCUUUCCAAUUGGAUGAAGGCGAGAAUAUCCUCUCUGUGUAUGCUUCCGAUGAGGCUAAUAAUACAGCUAAAUGCGAGACAAUAGUAAAUUUGACAGUGAAAUAUUGUGAUUACCUGAGCGUGCCUUUGAACGGAGGUAUCUUUGGUAACUGCAGCUAUCACUAUGGAUCUGUGUGUCAUUAUUCAUGUAACCCUGGUUACCGUCUCAUCGGAUCAGACACCCGAACCUGCGAAAUGGGUGGCCCCGAUGGCACCCAGCCUACAUGGGUCGGCGAGAGAGCCAUUUGUGAACGUGUAGAAUGUCCGCAUCCAGUCGUACCAAACAAGGUAGUAAAGUCUGGCUGUGAGGCCCCCUAUACCCUAGAUGCAGAAUGUACCUUCAUGUGUGAUCCUGGGUACUUCAAGGUUAACGGGACGGCACUCAGAACUUGCCAGGAAGACGGAACCUGGUCUGGGGAGGAUUUCUACUGUGAAAGUAGGAGGUGUGAUCCCAUCGCACCGUUCGAACACGGUGUUAUAGAGCCGCCAUCUUGUGUGACAAUUGGAGGAACGGUUCACAACGUCUGUACACUUUCUUGUAGCGAUGGUUAUCGAUAUCAAGGACAAGCAGAACAUACAUGCCAAGAGAUAGGAGGAUGGAGUAAUUACGAUGAUUCUCAUAUAUGUGAAGAUGCCUUGGCCCCACAUUUCAAUGGCACAUGCCCACCAGAUCAAACCGUAAUCGCUCCUGCUGGCUCAACGCAAGCAGUCGCUACGUGGGAUUUGCCGGAGCCAGUAGACCCUAAUGGUGCUAUAUAUAACUUCACCGCAACACGAAAGUCUGGUGUUACAUUAUCAGAGGGCACGCAUGCUAUCGUCAUAACUGCUACGGAUAUGUCUGGAAACACAGCAACUUGUCGGUUUUAUGUCACAGUUCAGGUGAUCAGAUGCCCACAGGAGCUCCUACCCAGUAAUUCUCACUGGAUCGGAAACUGUUCCCAGCUUGUUGGUAGCAGUUGUACGUUGGGUUGUCAGACUGGGUAUAAUGUAUCAGGGGCAGUUACUAAGAAGUGCGUUUGGGACCAGCGGAGCUCGACGGGCAACUGGGAGUGGCAGGGAAACCAACCAGUUUGCCAAGCUGUGACGUGUCCUGCUUUCCCAGUCGAUCAAAGGCGAAUGAAAGUCUUUGGCUGUGGAGUGAGCCCCACCAACCAAUCACCUCAACGCUAUGGAACACAAUGUAAGAUCUUUUGUAUGGCAACCAUGCAGAUGUUCCUGAUAAGGGGAACACCCUUUGUUAACUCCUUAUGUGGCGAGGAUGGGAACUGGUCUCCGACUGUUGAAUGUCGACCAACAUACUGUCCGCCUCUUGAGCUCGCUCCCAACGUGGUAGUUCGGAGUAGGCCACCAACGGGAGACAUCUGCACUGACGGCCCAGUACCUUCCGGUACCAUGUGCUUUCUUGGGUGCAGAGAUGGUUAUGUCUUGAACACAGUAAUUGGUAUUACUCGGUGCAUGUCUGAUGGAAGAUGGUUAAGAAAAGAUAGCAGAACUCCAUUGAAAUGCAUUGAUUCGACACCACCUAAGUUUACCAACCCUUGUCCUUUGAAUGUAACUGUCAUGGUACCUCGGUGCAGCAUCUCGGCGAACGUGACCUACAGCAUUCCACAAGCUACUGAUAAUGCGAGUAAUGUUUCCAUCUCGGGCCCCAACGAAACCUUUCCGGUUCUGCUCUCAAGAGGGCGCCAUCAGAGGAUAUAUUCUGCACGGGAUAAGGCAGGAAACGUAGCCAUGUGCCAAGUUGACAUCAAAGUGGUCGCACCUGUAUGUAGAGAUGAACCCGAAUGGAGGUCGGGAUCCCUGAGGGUGGAAUCCAUGUCUUGCCGAAACCUGCUCGGGUCCACAGUGAGAUUUACCUGCGCCAACCCCGGAAUGCGCCUCGUCGGAAUGCGAGAGCGUGUGUGCCAGCAGAAUGCGCAGUGGAACGGUACCUCACCAACAUGUGAAAUGAUGACAUGCCCGGCAUUGGACUUACCACCCAACUCCAUAGCUAUCCCAAGCUCGUGUUCUACCAGUAAUCUAGUGAAUGGUGGAACAUUCUGUAAAGUCACAUGCGGUCGAGGUUUCUCCGGAUCAUACGUACGAACCCGGUGCGCCAACAAUGGAACAUGGACUCAGGAUAUCACUGGAGUACAGUGCAGAGAUACAGCCCAUCCUGUAUACUCCUAUUGCCCUCCGGGAAUGACCGUAUCUCUCCAACCGGGAGCCAACACGGCAGCGGUUCGAUGGAGACUUCCUGUCCCCACUGAUAACGUUGGUGUUGUAAAUACCACGUCACCAGGUGUAUUCCCUCCCGUUCAGCUUGCUCCAGGCACAGAGCUCUUCACCUACACGGCUACAGAUGCACAGGGCCUAACAGGAACAUGCAGCUUUGAUGUCACUGUUGUUGAUGCUGAGCCUCCUGUAGCUUUGAAUUGUCCUGGUGAAGAUGAAGUGAUCAUCGUCCAGGCAAACGCGAUUCCUGUGCGGGUGGAUUAUACAGCGCCCUUGUUUACAGACAACGUGGGCAUUGCACAUGAACGGAAGGUGCAGUGGUAUUCACGCUAUCGAUGGCAAGACAAUUUUGCUUUUGAAUGGGGAUACACAGAACUGAACUUCAUGGCUAUGGACACCGCUUCCAACACAGCUAAUUGCAACCUGAAAUUUGAAGUUAUACAGUCUACGGAAUGUCCUGAGCUGGUAGCCCCGCCCAACUCCCAACUGACCUGUGACGAGUCAGGGUCGGUGUGUCGUCUCGCGUGUAAUGCAGGUUUCAUACAGGCCAGUGAGGAUAUCCAAAUGGUCUUCAGCUGCCAGAGUAGUGGAUUGUGGAAUAGCAGUACAGAAUGGGAUAAGAAUCCUUUCCUACCAGUAUGCACUCGCAGACAAGUUGCUUCUUCUGUGACAUGGGAUAUGACUGCUGACGUGGUAUUCACCCUAGAUGGACGCUGUCCGACAGAAAGAAAUGAUCUCCAAACAAGUUUUGAGACCCUCUUCCAAACGAGUAGUCUGUUUAAAGCAUGUAGCCGUGAGAACUCUGUCAGCUGCGCACUCUCCGACAUAUCGGUGUCUUGCCGCUCAGAUUCAUCCGUCCCUGCUGGAGGACCGAGAAGAAGAAGAAGAGAGAGUCCUCCAAGGACCGUCGCACCACCGCCAGAUACAGCUACAUUUGCUCUAAGGAUGACAACGACAAGUGAUGUAUCAUCGGUUCCAAGUUUUUUCAGUAACUACGACACAAGCAUAAACAACAUGUGGAGUCAGGAUGAUGUUUCGCUCUCGCUUCCGAAUAGCGUGACAGCAACCCUUGACCCCGCCCGAUCCGGGCUUGGGGAUUUCAUGCCCAUCUGUGGGCGUGGUCAAGUCGAAGUCAACAAGCUUUGUGAAUACUGUCCUCCUGGCACUUUCAAGAACUUGAGGGCGCCCGUCUGUGAGCGAUGCCGUAAGGGAUCCUAUCAGAGUCUGAUGGGGCAGACGACCUGUAUACGUUGUGCUGACGGAAAGAGUACCCGAGCUACUGGUGCAUACAGUGCGGACCAUUGUGAAGACAUGUGUUUGGCUGGGACGUACUCCUACCUUGGUCUUGUACCCGACUGCUUGCAGUGUCCUCGAGGUUCCUUCCAAGAGAACAGAGGGCAGAGAGGCUGUGAACCUUGCUCGGGUAACACUACAACGUCUGGUCCUGGAGCUUCCUCUUCAAGGUCAUGUAUAGAUCCUGCUGAUGUGACGUCACCACGCCCUACAACAGAAGGGGAUGAUAUUAGCGGAGAAGUGACCCCGACAGAUUCUAAUGCACAAUCGGAGACCACUCAACCCGGAACCUUGAGCAUCAAGUCGUCUCCUGCCAUCAUGGUAACUGAUGGCAAAGGUACUGUAACCAUGACAACACAAACAAGAGGGCACCCCCAUACACCGGGAAGGAAGACGGGAGAAGUAAAGGGUGGAUUGGGUCAUGGGGUGGUCAUCGGUAUCUGCGUUGUUCUUUUCCUCUUGAUCGUUAUCAUUCUCGUGAUCGUUGUGGUGCUGUGGAAGCGACGUUCUGAUAACAUUCCAAUGAUAAAAUUAACCAACAUCAGUUCAUCUCCCGAUGAAUACACUGAUGAUGAGGAUGAUGGUAUUGUUGGAGAUGGAAAAUAUCAUCAGAUGCAGGAGAUGGAUCAUUUUGAUCUGGAACAUUUAGCAACUUACGGAGAUGAAGAUACACCGCAGGCCAAGCGGAAUAGUUUCAGCAAUGCCCUUUUUAAAUCGGAGGAUCAGGAUCACCCGGGGGACGAUGCUCCAAAGGAAAACGUUCAAGUCUGGACGACAUUCGAUGAAUCACAGACAUAAUCCUGCCAUCAAUAAAGCUAUAACAUGACAAUAGAGAUCUAAUUUGAUGUCACAUUUUCUGUUGCAUUUCAUCUUUUUUUAAUAUCAUAUCUUGAGAAGAGCAUGAUGACAAGCAUUAAAGGAAACCAAAACCAAAGAUAAGAAGCAAUCUUAUUGG